AUGGCCCACGAACAGCUCACGGAUCAGCCUGCGCCGGCACAAAGCACCAUAUUCGACGGCACGAUGUACGAUCUAGGUUGGGAUGGACAACGAGAUGUUGCUGCUCCAGACAACCUCGUGCUUCCAUCGGUCGACUAUGCUAUCUAUCUGAUCAAUGCUGUCAAGUUUCACUGUGGCCAGAUGUUUCACAUGUUUGACGAGGCGACUUUUAUGCCUCAGUUUACCGACUUUCAUGGAGCUAACCCUGACCUCACAAAGUCUAGGGGGCUUUGGUUUGUUCAUUUUCUUAUAAUUCUCGCCUUUGGAAAGGUGUUCGUAGCUCGCAGAAACGAUGGUCGAACACCGCUAGGUGGGGAGUAUUUUGUGCAUGCUAUGAAGCUUAUGCCCGACAUCACUUUUCUCUACACGCAGCCAGUUCAAGCUGUGGAGGUGCUUUGCUGCAAAGCCCUCUACCUCCACUGCUUAGACUUCAGAUCUGCAGCGCACAAUGUGAUUGGUCAAGCUUUGCGGAUAGCGCUAGAGGAGGGAAUGCACACGAACAUGCAAGCCCAAGGUUUAGAUGAGGAAUAUAUCCAACGCUGUCGCAAUGCUUGGUGGACGGUAUACAUUCUCGACAGGCAGAUGUCAUCCACCAUGGGCGUUCCGCUCGCCAUUCGAGACGAAGAUAUCAGUGCACCUCUUCCAACGUUCUCUGGUUCACCUCAGAAGGGUCUUGCUCUCGAGCUUAAUGUCAAACUCUCAAGGAUAAUUUCACAAAUACUGAACACUGUUUAUGGCAUGGAAGGGCGAUUGUAUAGGAAGUUCAUUUCCAGCACGAACGCUGCACUUAAGGCAAUUGCUGGCGUGACCGAUCAGCUCAAUAGAUCAUUUGACCUCCCUUCUAAUGGUUCUGCCGCCGGCAUCUCUCGUGUUUCCGCUCACUUGCAGCUUCUGCAUCAUCAGCAGUGCGUCGUCCUUGCCACCAGACCACUUCUGUUCAGUUUGUUUAAGAAAGGACUUGACAAGCCUGGGGAUGUCCACAGUUUGGUGACUUCGCCAGGAAGUGUGCGAACUUUGCUGCAAAUGUGCAUCGAGUCCUCCCAGCACAUCAUAGCUGUGCUUGAAAAAUUGAAAGAGCAAAACUUACUCGAAAGCUUCCUACCUUUUGACUCAGAAGCAGUGUUCGCUGCUAGUAUGGCCCUACUACUCGCGCCAUACGUGAACCGCGAGUUGCUUGCAACUCAGUUUCCAUGGUUAGGAAUGGCAUAUUCAAUAUUAGAUGAGCUUACGAUACAGGGACACAUCCAAGCCGCUGCGCGCAAGACAGAACUGCAACAGCUACAGCAAGUGCUUAUUCAAUUGCCUACACGAGAAGUGAACGCCUUAGAGCAUCGGCAUGAAGGUGAGGCUGGGCAGCACGAAGACCUAUCGAUGGCAAACCUGGGUGGAUCCGAAGGCAUCGAUAUGUCUAACUCUGAUUUCGUCGAUGAUGCAAUCUGGCGGACUGCAUUCACUGCUGAUCAACUGAUGGCAGUCGCAAAUACUCUUGAUCUCGAUGGAAUCGAAUGGAUGACUACUGGAUCAGAGACAGAGAUGUAUUCAAUUUGA